UCAGAGCCAGAAACUUGUCAGUAAAUUAUUCUGAUAAUUUGCUUGAAUAAAUAGUUUCAAAGUUCCUCCCAGGGCGGGCUUUAGGUUUCACAAUGCUCUUCAGUUCCUGCUCUGAGCAGCUGUGCUCCACCAGCAUACAGUCUUCACCAAGAGAUCACUAGAGAUCUCCUCCCCUGUCUGAGCACCAAGAUGACAGCAGCAGAGGCUUCAGUGGAAAUGUUAAAAACAGACCUUAGAUUCACGGAUGGCCUGGAGAAAGCAGGACCUGGUAAAAGUCUUCAAAGAAAACUUCUAGCAGUUAUAUAUCCUGUAACUCCUAUCAAAAUUUAUUUGUGCUUUUUCAUUAUCUCAAUCCUAAUUGCAAGUGUCAUUACACUUUCCAUUAUUUUGUCAGCAAAAAAGACAGAGCCAAUCGUACAGAACCUUGUGUUUGCUACCUGCCCAAAAGAUUGGAUUGGAUUUGGAAACAAGUGUUUUUAUUUUUCUGAAGACAUAGGGAAUUGGACAUUCAGCCAGACUUUUUGUGCUUCCUUAGCAUCCAAUCUUGCUCAGUUUGAAAGCCAGGAGGAACUGAAUUUUCUGAAAAGAUAUAAAGGGCUUUCUGAUCAUUGGAUUGGCCUUAACAGAGAAUCAUCACAUCACGUUUGGAGGUGGACAGACAACACUGAAUAUAAAGCUUUGUUUUCCAUCAGAGGAGAUGGCGAAUGUGCCUACCUGAAUGAUAAUGGAAUCAGCAGUGCCAGGCAGUACACAGAUAGGAAAUGGAUUUGUAGCAAGCCAAACAGCUAUUUCCACAAGUGCCAAAUCAUGUCAAGUUAUUUAAAAUAAAGCAGGAUGGAGGGAUGUUUUGUAA